AUAAUGAAUAAUUAAAUGAAAUCCGUAUAAAUUAAUAUAAAAGUGAUAUUAAGUUUAAUUUCAGCUAAAGUGAGUAAAGGAAAAAAAUAUUAAACACGUGUCAGCGAAACAUUCUGAUUUUGAUUGAUUUAUUUGAGAUUUUCUCCGAAGAACCCAGUUUUAAGUUAUCACCGCUUAACAGUUGGGGAUCCUACUAGAAGGCUUGAUAUAAAAUAUCCUUUUCCAUCAGCUGUAGUAUCACUGUCUUCUCCAGAACUCCAGCAAAGCCUCAAAACCGCCUCAGAGAGAAUUUAAUCAUUCCGAACGCCAGAUUUUCCAUUCAAUUUGUAACGUGAGUGAAGUUAUAAAACAGUUUGAAUAAGGAUUUCAGUGUGACUGGAUAGCGUGUAAGCUUUCAAAUAAAAAUUAUAAAAAGUUUCAAUUGCAUA